GCGAAAUGCGAUUGCGUUUCCUAACUUAGGGCUAACCACCAAAACCCUUCAAAUUGUGGUGAUGGCCACCGUGAUCGUUAUUGGUGCCGGUGCCGGAGGGAUUGCCACUGCAGCACGACUGGCUCAACAAGGGUUCCACGUCAAAGUUGUAGAAAAACACGGAUUCAUUGGUGGUCGAUGCUCCAUCAUCUCGAAAGAUGGCUUUCGCUUCGACCAAGGCCCAUCAUUGCUUUUAAUGCGUGAGAUCUUCGAAGAGACCUUCCAGGAUCUCGGUACCUCACUAGAGCAAGAAAAUGUCCGUCUAGUAAAAUGCGAACCAAACUAUUGUGUUUGGUUCCCUGACAGGGAUAUUAUAGAGCUAUCGACUGAUCUAACACACCUGAAGACGCAAAUUCAAAACUACGAAGGCCCCGAUGGGUUUCCCCGUUUCUGUGCCUUCUUGAAUGAGGCCGGUACUCAUUAUAACCUGUCACUUGCGCAUGUGCUGCGGAAGAACUUUCCUCGGUUGCUGAGUUUGCUGCGAUGGGAUUUACUGAAGGCACUAAUCUCCAUGCAUCCAUGGACGAGCACAUACUCUCGAGCUGCGCGGUAUUUCUAUUCAGAGGAAAUGCGAUGUGUCUGGACUUUUGGUAGUAUGUAUCUGGGAAUGAGUCCUUAUCGGGCUCCGGGCACAUAUUCGCUGCUACAAUAUAUCGAGACAGUGGAUGGGAUAUGGUACCCAGAGGGCGGAUUCGAAACGGUCCUGAGAGCUCUAGCAGAUAUCGGACAGCGAUCUGGAGCCGAAUACAUUUUGAACAGUCCCGUCAAGUCGGUCCUACUCGAUGACAGCGAUCACGUUGCAAAAGGCAUCCUUUUGGAAAAUGGCGAAGAAAUCCAUGCUGAAUUAGUCGUCAUAAACGCCGAUCUUGUCUACGCAUAUAACGAACUCCUUCCAAAGACACGCCGGUCGCGCGGCCUGAAAAAGAGACCCGCGUCGUGCAGUAGUAUCUCAUUCUUCUGGUCUUUCGACGAGGAAUUACCUCAUUUACGAGCACACAAUAUCUUCCUAGCUGAAAAGUACCGGGAAAGCUUUGAUGCCAUUUUCGACGAGCACCGUAUUCCAGACGAGCCAUCAUUCUAUGUUAAUGUACCGAGUAAGGUCGACCCAACUGCAGCACCACCUGGUAAAGAGGCCGUUGUCGUGUUAGUCCCAGUGGGCCAUUUGACAUCGGUAAAUGGAGGACAACUCGAAGAACAGAGAUGGGAUACUCUAGUAUCUCAAACACGUGAAAUUGUCUUGGACACUAUACAGGCUCAGACGGGGCUACAAGGCUUGCGGUCUAGGCUGGUCCAUGAAAUGGUUGAGACACCGCUUACCUGGGAACGAAAGUUCAAUCUCGACCGUGGUGCGAUCUUGGGUCUAUCACACUCGUUCUUUAAUGUGCUCUGUUUUCGGCCGCGGACCAAGCAUCCGGAUAUUGAGCGGCUUUAUUUUGUUGGAGCCAGCACGCAUCCGGGCACAGGGGUUCCUGUUUGCCUGGCGGGGAGUAAGCUCGUCGCUCAGCAAAUAGUGGAGGAUUGGAGUAGGGAAAUCAGGCAGAAAUCUCGAAUUGGGUUGAUAUUGACAGUAGUGAUGGCUCUAUCGGUACUGGUGGUUUCCCUUCUGUGGAAGCAGAAUUAGGCAUACGACGAAGAUGACAAUGACAACACAACUCAAGGACUUGAAUCAAACAUUACAGACAAGA